AUGCGCGCCUCUAUGGUGGCUGCAGCGCUUGCGAUCACCUGCACUUCCCUCAUUGAGGCAAAUAUUCUGGCUUCUUUCAGAAAGAACUCACAACUCCCAUUUCCAUCGGCAUCGGCAUGCCCGUUGGCCUCAUCUGAUUUGCGCAACAUCAGCAUCGGUGCCGCAUACGACUGGUCGCAAACAGCAGAAGCGCUCAACGUCCUCUCAAAGUGCGCUGACCUCCUGUCCACUACACUUGAGCUUUCCAUCAACAUCUCAAUCCCUUUCGAACCACCACCGAGUCCCAUUACGUCGCGCCUGAACAAGAUCAAAGAGCGUAUCGAAUCCGGUGUCAAGAACUCCUUCACCACACACCAAACGAUUAAAUUCGGAAUCCGUCCACCGCAGAAAAUCAUCCGUCAACCCGAUUUCCUCGAGCACGGAAAAUCAGAAUUCUUGCAUCGAAAGGAUGACUUCAAAGUCCACGCCUUCAACCAAAAAGAUCUCGAAGCACUUGACUCCAUCGACCAACACCGCUUCAACUUCAUGACUCCCUUCGCCCCAGAAACCUCACAAAUCGCCCUCCAAGAUUUCCAAGCCAGCCUCCAACCAACCCUCCUCCCCAUCCCACCACCACCAGAACUCCUGCACACCUUAACCUCCCUCCUCCAAAAAGCGACAAACCUCGAAACUCUACAUCUCCGACUCCAUCCUCCCUCGCACGAAGUGCCAGAAAAUUUCCACCAAGCCUUCAUAACCUCCAACCUCAACCUCUCCAGCAUAAAAUCUCUGCACCUAAGUCCAGGAAUGGAUUUCCUCGUCGCAUUCACGCCGAAUGUCAUCUCCAUCACUGCAAACGGCGUUUGGAACACCAUCCAAUCUCUCAACUUGAUGAAUUCCACCAACUCCCUCGAACACCUCACGCUCAGAACGAGAUGGGAUGAAAGGAAACUUGACGCUCUCGUUCAGAAUUGCGAGAAUUUGACGAGUCUGGAUAUGCUUUCUCCGGGUGGGGAUGGGCAAGUGGUGAAGUUUCGGCGGGGAAUUCACUCGGAUGGUGGAGAUACGAGUGCGACGAGGUCGGUGCAUGGUUUGAGGGUUUCGAAGUAUCAGCGAGGACCGAGAGGACGGGGGAAUUUUACGAGGUUGUUUGAGGAGUUGCCGAAAUUGGAGACUUUGGUUGUUACUUGA